GCCCGCCCUGGAGCUGCUGAAGGACGUCCACCUGGGCCUGGCCCCGCCCGGCCGCGGCCCCGCUCGCCUGGCCCUCCUCUCGGGCCACUACCUUUACUAUCACUACGGCUGCGACGGCCUGGACGACCGGGGCUGGGGCUGCGGCUACCGCACUCUGCAGACGCUGUGCUCGUGGCCAGAGGGCCGGCCCGCGGGCGUGCCCGGGCUGGCCGCCGUGCAGGCGGCCCUGGAGGACAUGGGCGACAAGCCCCCCGGGUUCCGGGGCUCCCGGAGCUGGAUCGGUUGUGUAGAAGCCAGUCUGUGCCUCGACCACUUCGGAGGGCCCCAGGGGCGCCUGUGUCACGUACCCCGUGGAGCAGGACUUCAGGGGGAACUGGAGAGGCUUUACUCCCACUUCGCAGGGGGCGGGGGGCCUGUAAUGGUUGGGGGGGAUGCAGAUGCCCAGUCCAAGGCCUUGCUGGGAGUCUGCCUGGGUCCAGGCACAGAGGCCUAUGUUCUGGUAUUGGACCCUCACUUCUGGGGUGCUCCGAAAAAUCCCAGUGAACUACAGGCAGCUGGGUGGGUAGGGUGGAGAGAGGUAGGCGCAGCCUUUGACCGCAACUCCUUCUACAACCUGUGCUUGACCAGCUGCAACUCCCAGAAGCAGCAACACGCCCUGCGCUAAGGCUCAGGUCUCAGAAUGGAGACUUGUCUCUGGCCCCAAACACACCUAAACCCUUUACUCCAAGGCAAAAGCUGCCUGGGCCUUUGGAGUCAAUAAAGUGGUGAGGCUCA